AUCCGCGUAACAGCACCGGCACCGCUGCACUGCACCAUGCUGCACUUGCAGCCUCCGCUACUGCUACGCCAUCACCAUCUUAUAUGAUCUCUUGGACUGCCCCAUCUCAUCUGAUAAGAUAGCCUUCCCGCGCACGCUGCCUACAUACUUCACAGCUUCUGUUCUUCUUCACCUGCGACCGCCAUGGUCUCCAACUACGGCACAUUAUUACAUCCAUCAUCAGAGGGCACGGAUGCCGCCGACGUGGAGAGGGGGCCAGGGCCAGGGGCGGCACCAGCGUCGGCUGUAGACACACCGAGUUCCUCCGUCAUCGCACCCUCCUACAAACGCGAACAGAACGGCUCGCAACCGCUGUCAGACGCCGACGACGAGAGGAGAUCGAUCAUGUCGGAACGCAGCCAUGAAUCUGGACAGGCCGGCGUCAAGCGCGUUGAGGCAAUCAGCUCGACAUGGUCGAAAACCGGGCUCUACAUGGCAUACGUGGGUGUUGCUCUCCUGGCCUACGCGACUUCGUUAGAAGGCCAAACCACUACGAAUCUCACCAUCUUCGCAACGAGCGCAUUCAAGUCGCAUUCCAUGGUAUCAACCGUGUUGGUCAUCCAGGGCGUCGUCUUGUCUGUGGUGAAACCGCCCAUGGCCAAAGUAGCAGACGUGUUCGGCCGAUUCGAGGCCUUCGGUCUCUCCAUCCUAUUCUACAUUGUAGGCUUCAUCCAACAAGCCGCAUCUAACAACGUCGAAACCUACGCAGCUGCACAAAUCUUCUAUUCGGCGGGAUCGACUGGCCUGCAAAUCCUGAUCCAAGUCUUCAUUGCCGACACGAGCGAUCUGGUCAACCGAGCGUUGUGCUCUACCAUUCCGGAUAUCCCUUUCCUGGUCAACGUAUGGCUUGGACCUGCAAUCGCAGAACGCAUCCUCAAAAAUCUAAGCUGGAGAUGGGGCUACGGAAUCUGGUCUGUUGUAUUGCCGGUAGCAUUCUUGCCACUCGCGCUUGCACUCAUCGUCAACCAGCGUAAAGCUGCCCUACGAGGUAUACUACCAGAAUCGCCCUUCAAAGGAGAAUCUGCCUGGGAGAUCAUCAAGACACUCUGGUUCGAGAUGGAUGCUUUUGGUCUUGCGCUCAUUUGUGUGGCCUUCACCUUGAUUCUGAUUCCACUGACGCUGGCCUCGAAAGCGGGUUGGAGCAAUCCAAACUUGGUGACGAUGCUGGUGAUCGGUGCCGCGUGCCUCAUAGCCAUACCCUUCUGGGAAAGGAACAAGACGCUGGCUCCUCACGCUUUCUUCCCGCGCUCAUUCUGGAGGAACAGGACACUUCUCUGUGGCCUUGGGCUGUCCUUCUUCUACUUCAUGGCAUUCUACCUUUCGGUGUAUCCAUACUUUCAGUCGUACCUGCUUGUGGUGCAGGAUCUUCCACUCACAACGGCUGGUCGCAUUGUGCAGACCUUUACCUUUACGUCAACAGUCACAGCCAUCAUCACAUCCAUCGCCAUCAAAUACACCAAAACAUACAAGAAGUUCAUGGUUGCGGGCACAAUCCUAUACGUGAUCGGUUUAGGGUUGAUGAUUCAUUAUCGGACAGAAGAGUCGACACCAGCAAUGAUUGUCGGAACACAGAUCUUUCUCGGGGUUGGAGGCAGUCUAGCCCAUGUGCCAGCACAGCUUGGCGUACAGGCUUCGGCCAGUCACUCGGAAGUGGCUGCAGCAACCGCUCUCUUUUUGACAUUCUUGGAGAUUGGAGGUGCCGUUGGAAGUGGCAUCAGUGGCGCCAUCUGGACAUCAAACGUUCCGAAGAAGCUGGCACUCUAUCUGCCACCAGAGACAAAGGACAUGGCUGAUGCAAUUUACGGCAACAUCACCCUUGCCGCGCGAGGGUGGCCCAUGGGCAGUCCCACUCGUGAUGCAAUCAACCUGGCAUAUCAGGAGACCAUGACGAAAAUCCUGACUGUAGCAGUGUUCGUGGCGCUGCCUUGCAUUGUUCUGGCCUUUAUGAUGCAUGACUACAAGCUGGACGAGAUUGACCAAGGUGUGAAGGGUGUGGUCAUUGGUGCCACGCAGGAUCGUGCGGACCAUGGCGACGAGGAAUUAGCGGGGCCCUCCACUCAUAGGCUCACUCGAAGUUCUGGAGAGUACGAAGAGGUUGAUGAUCUAGGGGAUGUGUCGGACGAGUCACAGAACUCGAGAACGAGGUUGAUCAGAAAGUCCUCAUAGAUAUACACGACACGGCAUUUUGACGAAAUUUUCAUGGGCAUGAGCGACGAAGGAUACGACUAGGGCAGGACCGACAAUGCGGUUGGCAAUUCUGCAUCUUGCAUAUUGAUUUUUGGUGGUGUGAGCAGGACGGAAACGGAAUUGGAAGGCGUUUUUAACUUGUGAUGGGGCACAGCAUGGAUGCGAGGUUUGUGGGCGACGUGUGUUCUAGAUACCCUCCCUAUCGAUGUAUCGGAUAAUCCGACUUCAC